AUGGCGCUCCGCAUGGUGAAGGGCAGCAUUGAUCGCAUGUUCGACAAGAACCUACAAGACCUGGUGCGGGGAAUCCGGAACCACAAAGAGGAUGAGGCAAAAUACAUCUCUCACUGCAUUGAUGAAAUCAAGCAAGAACUUAAACAGGAUAAUAUUGCAGUGAAAGCCAAUGCCGUCUGUAAGCUGACAUAUUUGCAAAUGCUGGGCUAUGACAUCAGUUGGGCUGCAUUUAAUAUCGUUGAGGUGAUGAGUGCAUCAAAAUUCACAUUUAAGAGGAUUGGAUACUUGGCUGCUUCUCAAUGCUUUCAUGAAGGGACUGAUGUCAUUAUGUUGACCACAAACCAAAUUAGGAAGGAUCUCAGUAGUCCUAAUCAAUAUGAUACAGGUGUUGCCCUGACUGGUUUAUCAUGCUUUGUAACCCCAGACCUAGCCAGGGAUUUAGCCAAUGAUAUUAUGACAUUGAUGUCCCAUACAAAGCCUUACAUCAGAAAAAAGGCAGUUUUGAUUAUGUAUAAAGUUUUUCUGAAAUACCCAGAGUCUUUACGUCCAGCAUUCCCAAGACUCAAAGAAAAGCUAGAGGACCCUGACCCAGGGGUGCAGUCUGCUGCAGUGAAUGUUAUAUGUGAACUUGCUCGUCGAAACCCUAAAAAUUAUCUGUCUUUGGCCCCCUUAUUCUUCAAGCUCAUGACAUCAUCUACGAACAACUGGGUUCUAAUUAAAAUCAUCAAAUUGUUUGGUGCACUUACUCCCUUGGAACCACGACUGGGAAAGAAGCUUAUUGAACCACUGACCAACUUAAUACACAGCACAUCUGCAAUGUCCUUGCUCUACGAAUGUGUAAAUACUGUAAUAGCAGUUUUAAUAUCAUUAUCAUCUGGGAUGCCUAAUCACAGUGCCAGUAUUCAGCUCUGUGUCCAGAAGUUAAGGAUUCUUAUUGAAGACUCUGACCAAAAUUUGAAGUAUUUGGGGUUGUUGGCUAUGUCCAAAAUCUUGAAGACCCAUCCCAAAUCUGUUCAGUCUCACAAGGACCUUAUCCUGCAGUGUCUUGAUGACAAAGAUGAGUCCAUAAGGUUGCGAGCCCUGGAUUUGCUUUAUGGAAUGGUGUCAAAAAAGAAUCUGAUGGAGAUUGUGAAGAAAUUGAUGAUCCAUGUUGACAAAGCAGAAGGAACUGCUUACAGAGAUGAAUUACUGACAAAAAUUAUAGAUAUAUGCAGCCAAUCUAAUUACCAGUAUAUUACCAAUUUCGAGUGGUAUAUUAGCAUUCUGGUAGAGCUCACACGUCUGGAGGGGACACGCCAUGGCCACCUUAUAGCUGCUCAGAUGCUUGAUGUUGCCAUAAGAGUAAAGGCGAUUAGGAAAUUUGCUGUAUCUCAGAUGGCCACAUUGCUUGAUAAUGCCCACCUGCUAGCCAGCAACACUCAACGCAAUGGAAUAUGUGAAGUUCUUUAUGCAGCUGCUUGGAUCUGUGGAGAGUUCUCUGAACACUUGACAGAACCUCACCAGACACUGGAAGCUAUGCUGAGGCCGAAGGUCACUACCCUGCCAGGUCAUAUUCAGGCAGUUUAUGUUCAGAAUGUGGUGAAGUUAUAUUCUGGUAUUCUCCAGUGCAAAGAAGGGGAUGGAGAUCAUCAAACAGCACAGGAGAUAACACAGCUUAUGGUUGAGAGGCUUCCCCAAUUUGUGCAGAGCGCUGACCUGGAAGUUCAAGAAAGGGCUUCUUGUAUUCUUCAGCUCAUGAAAUAUAUCCUGAAGUUACAGACAAAGGAGGUUCCAGUAGCUGAGGAGGUGAUGGCUUUGUUUGCUGGAGAACUGAAUCCUGUUGCUCCAAAAGCUCAGAAGAAAGUACCUAUCCCUGAAGGCUUAGAUUUGGAUGCUUGGAUCAAUGAGCCACCAUCAGAUAGUGAAUCAGAAGAUGAAAAGCCCAAAGCAAUAUUUCAGGAUGAAAAAACAGACACACGGGAAGUCUUCUCGACCAGAAAUAGAUGAAGAAGAGUUAGCAAGGAGGCGUGCUGCACGGAAAGAGGAACAAGCAAACAACCCUUUCUACAUUAAAAGUUCACCUUCCCCACAGAAGCUGUAUCAGGACUCCCCUGGUGUUGAUCACAUUCCUGUGGUGCAGAUUGACCUGUCGGUUCCCCUUAAAGUUCCAGGGCUUCCCAUGUCAGACCAGUAUGUAAAGCUUGAGGAGGAACGACGGAGCAAACAACGUCAGGAAAAAGACAAAAAACGGAAGAAAGUAAAAGAUAAGAAAGGUAGCAAGUCGCGAAGACAAAAGUCUAUUCACACAGAAAGUGAUGAGGACAUUGCUCCAGCACACCAUGUUGACAUAAUCACUGAGGAGAUGCCAGAGAAUGCCCUCCCUAGUGAUGACGAUGACAAGGAUCCAAAUGACCCCUACAGAGCUCUGGACAUAGAUCUGGACAAACCUUUGGCAGACACAGAAAAACUUCCAGUCCAAAGACACAGAAACACAGAAAAUCUAAAAUCUCCUGAAAAUGAAACCUCUGUUUUAGAGUCAAAGGUCAAAAAGCCCAGUAAAAAGGAUAAAAAACAGUCAGAGUCUGAGAGAGUGAAGAAAAAAGAAAAGAAGAAAAGUAAAGAGAAAGAAGAAAAGACAAAACGCAAGAAAUCGGUGACUAGUACUUCUAAGGAGGAUGAGGCAGCAGUAAAACCCGAAGAGGAUAAAGCAGAUGACAAAGCAGCUUCAGAUGGGCCUUCCACUGAGACUGUGCCUGAACCAAUUGAAACAACGGAGGAACCAGUGGAAGCAGUAUCAGUACAAGUAGAAAAAUAUGAGGAAGAUACAGAGAAGAAAUCCCACCGGCACAAGAAAAAACAUAAGAAAGAAAAGGAUGAUGCAAAGGAUGAAAAAAAGUCACGCAAAAAGAAACAUCACCACCACCACCCACCACCAUCAUCAUCAUCAUAACGAAUCGCAUGAAGGUGACCACACUGAAUCUGUGCAGAAUGGCACCUUGGACGAAGAGGAACAGUUACCAUCAAUGUCCAGUUAUUCUCUUUUGGCAGAAAAACAAAUAUAUCAAAAUGAUGUAUGAUAUUCAAGGGGAUCUACAGAAGGAGAGUCAGGUCACAGUCUCCAUUAUCUUAGAAAACCAGAGUCAAAGUUUCCUGAAGAACAUGGAGCUCAACGUUCUGGAUUCCUUAAAUACCAAAAUGCAGAGGCCAGAAGGAUCAUCUGUACAUGAUGGAAUACCUGUACCCUUCCAGUUACCUCCAGGUGUGUCUAAUGAAGCUCAGUUUGUUUUCACUGUUCAAAGUAUUGUAAUGCCUCAGAAGCUCAAAGGAACACUAUCGUUUAUUGUAAAGGAUGAUGAUGGCUCAUCUCAUGAGAAACUUGACUUCAAAAUCCAUUUCAGUUGUUCAUCUUAUUUAAUUAUGACCCCUUGUUACAGUGAUGCUUUUGCCAAGCUGCUGGAGUCCGAAGACCUUAAAAUGAGUUCUUUGAAAGUUGAAGAUAUAACUCUGUCUUUCCAUCAUCUGUUAGCAAAAAUCUGCUUCUACCACCACUUCACAGUGGUUGAGCGAGUUGACUCCUGUGCAUCGAUGUACAGCCGAUCAAUCCAGGGCCAUCAUGUAUGUCUGCUGGUGAAAAAGGGUGAGAAGUCAAUAUCCAUCGAUGGGAAGUGCAGUGAAGCAACUUUUCUAAGCAGCCUUCUCAGCGAGAUCAAGUCAACACACUAGCAGAAUCCUGA